UUGCAGACGGUUACGCCAUGGAGUCUUUCCUCGGCAGCAGGCAAUUGCAGCGCCAAUGACAAAUGCAUAAUGUGGAUGAAGGCUACAAUUGAUGUGUAAAACAUGGCACGAAACCUCACACGUAAUUCUCCGUGAGUCCCGUCUCAAGUGCGAUAUCUUCGGCCUGGAAUUGGGAUGCCCAAGAAAUGGGGAUGCCCAUGCCUCUUGGUAAUGACAUUGAUGACGACACCGAUCAAGAUGUCUAGGGAUGGGGUGCGAUCUACUCACCGCAUACCAGUUGGCUCGGGCCGACCCAGAAGGAGUCCGACAUCAAAAGAUAUAAAAAGCAUAGGCUGGCACUGGUACUUGUCCAACUUGAACUCGGUUGACGGCGCAUGACGAAGUCAAAAUGAAACGACUAAGUACCAAGUGGCAAUCCUAUCCGAGAGCACCCGGUACAUCCGGGUAUGUCAGGCGUUGCACCUCCAGUUCAGGAGCCUCGUUUCGGACCAGAUGAAGAACUGAAAGGCUCGACCUGCACCAACCUGGUUGAGCCACUCCAGCAAUCCCUUCAAACAAUCAAAAACUCACAUUUCUGCCUCGACUUGACAAGGUCCGCGGCGACACCGACAGCGAGCCCUGCUCAAAACGAACACAGACUGAUGUCGGCCUCGUGCCGACAAGAGGUGGCGCUGCUGAGCUGACCCCGCCAGCUGGCGUUAGGCGAUCGACGCAUCCUGACAUCACGAGGGGCCAGAGCGGCGGAACGGAUAAAAGUCUGGCAUCCGUGGGCCCAGAGUGCGGCGCAACAGCAGGCGUUUCGGCAAGUUCGUGUCGUGCCGUUGGCUCCUGGCACUGCGGAGAUCGUUCGACCUUCAACGAAUAGCCGCUUCCGAGACGCCAAACCUUUCAGCAUCGGCCGAUCCCGGGUCGCCGGCAACGCACAAGGGCCCCUACUGCACGUUGGCACCGCGCAGGAUCGAUGGGCAUCGCCGCGCCCGUCCCUGCCAGACUGCCAGAAAGGGCGGGCGGCGGGUCGCCGCGAGGCGCCGCGGAGGAUGGGCCGCCCCACAACGUCUGCGACGACCGCAGGGCCCGGGACCACUCGCGAGGGGCCCCAGGCUGCCACGGGGCCGCCGCUCCGCCUGAUGAUCCUGCCCGCUGCAGCGCACCCGGUGCAGGCAGAGGCCGCGAAGCCGAGGGCCACGAGCGCGUUGGCGAGACCCACGGCCCCGAAGACGUGCGAGCCGCACUCCUCUGCGUACACGCCCGACAUGCAGUGGCACAAUUCUCUGCACUCCUCGUGCGACGAGGGGCCCUUGACUGAGCGGGGACUAUGCUGCCGUGAAUCCCUGGGCGUACAACUCCACGACGCCUCAUGGUCGUGUCGGAUGUCGCUCUGGUCUUGCGUCUGGUAGGACGACCAGCAUAUCUCAGCAAGGCCGUCCUCCCACCUAUACUCUGAACUGGGGCUCUCCCAAGCCGAAUCCCAACAAUCCAUACAAUUCUGAGCGGCCAUCAUGUUGGAGCAGUAUCCGACGGGGCACGUACCAGCGGAUGUAAGCAGAGCAAUGCUGACGAACAAACUUGGAAACAGAAACGCAAACGCGAAAAUCCCAGACACGGACAUGAUAUUGCGGGCGUGCCAGAUAGCCUUCAGGUCCAGGCAGUCGUCGCACCCGCACGAGCAGUUACACUUGUCUAGGCAGGCGUGCCUGUCACGGCAACAUCCGAUGCACCCAACACCGCCACGGCAAGGCCGCAGCAGGCCGGGACCACGCCGGCUCCGAGGCUGCCCCACACGGUUCCCACCAGCAGGGCCCCCAGCACGCCGGCCGUGGUGAGAGAAGCAUAGAAGCGGGCCCAGAGGGCGCCCUCCACGGCCUCAGGUGCAAGCUGCAUCCUUCCAGGCAGCACGGCGAGCGCUGGGCCUAAACCGAAGCCAUCUGCCGAAACGGCCAUCGAGGACGACACGACCCACACGAAGAGAUCGCUGAGCCAAA